CAUUUUAUUUUGUUUUUUGCAAGCGUGAAAAAUAUAAGUUCCAAACCGACAGAAAAACGGAUCUCAAUUUGUUCUCUGUCCCUCGCCUUAGCCGGAGGUUUCCUUCGAUACUUUCAGAUUUUCGGAGAGUGGAACAAAGGAGGGUAUGAUAAAGUACCCGAGGGUGACACAGAUUCCGAGAUAUCUAAUGGAAAGGCAGACUCAGAAUAAGGUUUAUGCGUAUUAUGAUCACACCGAUGCUUCCAAGUACUCGAGGUGGACUACCAAGGAAUGUUACCAAUUCAUGUCUGCCAGACCGUGGCAACAAGUUCUUGAUUAUUAUUCUGAUUUGGUGAGGGGUCAGGUGUCAUUGUCGGCAUUGUUUGGAAUUGAGACACACCCUAUUGAUGAUGAUGCUGACAUUGUAGAGGCGUCUGAUGAAUCUGGCCUGGUGAGUGUCCCGACUAAAAAUAAAACUGGAAAGUGGGCUAGAGUAACAUUUAAGAUAGUCCUUUCAUAUUAUGGGGGCUCCUUUGGUGGGUGGCAGAGGCAGCCUGGCUUGAACACUGUUCAGAGCUUAGUUGAAAGAUCUUUGGGAGAAUUUGUUGAUGAGAAUAAAGCUCAACUGCUGAAAGACAAGGGUUUACCAGUAGAAGGCUGUGCUGCAGUUGCUGGCCGGACAGAUAAAGGAGUGACGGCUUGGCAACAAGUUUGUUCUUUCUAUACUUGGAGACAGGAUGUUAAAGCUCGAGAUAUUGAAUAUGCCAUCAAUAGUGCAGCACCAGGAAAGCUCAGAGUCAUAUCUGUUGCUGAGGUAUCACGUGUAUUUCAUCCUAAUUUCGCUGCCAAAUGGAGGCGCUAUUUGUAUAUCUUCCCUUUCUGUGAUGGAGAGGAGGGAGAGCGAAGCAGUCAGAAUGAGGAGGCUUUUGAAGAUAUUGAUUGUGUUAAAACUAAUGAUGGCCAAAGAAAUGAAUUUAGUGGACACAUUCGUGAGGAAGAUGUUGAAAAUCUACUCGAAAAUGACAAGCAUAAACCAGAACUUCCAAAACAACUAUCCAAGUUCAGGGUAAGCAAGGUCAACCAACUCCUACGUCAGCUAGAAGGAAAGUUGUUGUCCUACAAGAUGUUCGCUCGGGAUACUAAAGCCUCGAGAAACACAUGCAAUUUGAUGCAUAUGCCAGUUUCAACCCGAUUCUGGUCAAAUGUAACAGUGGUCCACCAACGGAGUGUUUUGUCUUCCAUGCUCGCGCCACCGAAGCCACUUUGCCAUGUGCUGCAAAGGAUGGAAAGCAUACAAAGGCAAUGUGUAUUGAGUUGGUUGCGAACCGCUUCUUACGUAAGAUGGUUCGUGUCCUUGUGGCAACAUCCAUAAGGGAAGCAGUGGCUGGUGCUGAAGAUGAUGCAUUGAUACACCUGAUGAAUGCUACAUGUAGACGUGCCACUGCUCCGCCAGCUCCCCCCCAUGGCCUUUGCCUUGUUAAUGUUGGGUACACAGAAUUUGAUCCACAAUUUUGCCUGAUCCCCUAAGGUACAAAUCCUUGUCAGAGUUGACCACCUAGCAGGCCUUUUAUUUGGUAGGUAACAUCGCCAACGUGUAUCAUUAGAUUUGAUUACGAUGGAUUGAUUGAUAGUAGGAUCAAUCAUGUAUAGUUUCAUUCAGGUUUGAAGAAUUCGAUGACAAACCUUCGCUGCAAAAAGAUCCCGGAAUUGGUCGAUUUGGAAUUGGCUGGAUUGGAGGGAUCCGGAGCCACAAGGAUCUUCUUAUAUGGACAUUUUCAACCUGUAAAUUGAAUCACCAUAUGACUGACCCCACUACUUGUUUAGGAUCCACAUGAUUCAGUGGUUUCCACCAUGGGAUAUCAUGAUUAGAAGUGCAUUUGAUUGGAUUAUAUUUCAUGCUACGUCCGUUGCAUAUCCCUUUUUAUAACAUAAUAACAACCACUCAGUUACCUAAACUUUAUGUUUAAUUAUAUUCCCCCAUCUAUAGGAUUUUUCUUUUUCAAUCAAUACCCAUUCGAUCAGAGCUCUUGGAAUUGGAAUAAAUUUGUAGGGGAUCACAAAAUCUUGGUGAUCUUCUCUAUCUAAUGAAUCUAUUAGCAGUUUCAGUUUAAUUGUAGCCAAGCAGUGCUUUUCAAAAUAGAA